UUCAUUCGUUCGUUUUUGUCAUUUUAUCGCUCACAACUGUAGCGGUAAUUAUUAUUGUAAUUUCAUUACCAAAUUGUAAAAGAAACAUCUCAAAAUGGACAAGAGUAAAGAAAAAGAAGAACAAAGUAUCAUGGAUAAAUCCAUGAGAUCAGUAUUUGUGGGUAAUAUACCUUAUGAGGCUACGGAGGAGAAGCUGAAGGACAUCUUCAGUGAAGUGGGGCCGGUGUUGUCGUUCAAACUAGUGUUUGACCGGGAGACGGGUAAGCCGAAAGGUUAUGGGUUCUGUGAGUACAAGGAUCAGGAGACGGCCCUCAGUGCUAUGCGGAACUUGAACGGCUAUGAGAUCGGCGGCCGCUCCCUUAGAGUAGACAAUGCCUGUACUGAAAAAUCUAGGAUGGAAAUGCAAGCUCUCAUGCAGGGGCCACAGAUAGAAAAUCCUUAUGGAGACCCAGUGGAGCCUGAAAAGGCUCCAGAGGCUAUCAGCAAGGCUGUGGCGACGUUGCCUCCUGAACAGAUGUUUGAGCUCAUGAAACAGAUGAAGCUGUGUGUACAGAAUAACCCAACUGAAGCCAGGAAUAUGCUGCUCCAGAACCCUCAGUUGGCAUAUGCACUACUUCAAGCACAAGUCAUCAUGAGGAUUGUAGACCCUGCCACUGCAGUUACUAUGCUGCACCCCAGUAACCCCGUGCCACCAGUGAUCCAACCUGGUGACAAGCCUCCCAUCUCCAAUCCAUACAUGUCCAGCAAUUCAUCCCAAGCACAACAACAACAACCGCCCCUACUGGCUAACCCUGUGCCACCACCCAACCAGUAUGCCCCGGCGCGACCGGCGCUGGGCGACGUGGACUUGCGCGGCGGGCGCGCGGCGCCGGCGCUGCCCGCGCUACUGGACCAGGACAUGCGCGCGCUGCCGCCGCUGCCGCACCCCGUGCCGCCGCCGCUGCAGCAGGACAGUGGUUUCCCGCGGGACCCGCGCCUGGCCAACAUGCAAGGUUUCAACUCGGACCCCCGCGUGCGGCCCACGGACCCGCGCACACAGAACAAGAUGCCUCCUCAAAUGCCACCUGGCAUGCCCAGCGUAGCGCAGGCUAGAACCAUCCAAGGAAUACCGUCUGGUGCCUCAGAUCAAGAGAAGGCUGCGUUGAUAAUGCAAGUGCUGCAGUUGUCAGAUGAACAGAUCGCCCUGCUGCCUCCGGAACAACGCGCCAGCAUUCUCAUGCUGAAAGAGCAAAUCGCUAAGAGCACGCAGCAACGUUGAGAUAUUCGCAUAUUGUUGCCUAUUAAUUUGAGUUUGACAGCUCUAAAAUUAGUGCCGUCCUUCACUUAAAAUAUGUACAAGAAAGAGAUAGAGCUAAUUUUAACCUUGUCAAAUUAAAAUUAAGUUGGUGUUUGCCCUAUCGGAACCAUUGUCGCGUUAGUCCGUAAGAAUGUCGAUACAAAGACUGUAUUAUAAGGUUUAUCAUUAAUAAAUGUAAGAUUUAAGACGAUA